CUGCAGCAAUCCAAACGCUUUUCGUACCUUUCCACAUGCAUCGCUUUGUCCAAAAAUAUUCGACGUCUCCUUUGCAUUUACCGCAAGAACGCGACUUUGGUACCGUUUGCGGAAAAUGGGAUGCGGCACAAGAUCUUGCCUAUCCUACCUUUGAUAUUCCCGCCGUCCAUAAUCCUGUCGAUUUCUUACGAAGUGUUACGGACGAGAAUUCGCCCGAUUACAGAAUCAAGAUUCAGCACGGUACAACCACAUUGGCUUUCAAAUUCCAGGGCGGUGUGGUCGUAGCGGUUGACUCCAGAGCUACCAUGGGCAACUAUAUCGCAUCACAAACGGUGAAGAAGGUCAUUGAAAUCAACCGAUUCUUACUUGGCACUUUGGCCGGUGGUGCCGCAGAUUGUCAGUACUGGGAGCGAGAGUUGGGCAGACGUGCACGUUUAUACGAACUGAGAAACAAAGAACGUAUUUCCGUGGCUGCUGCGUCAAAGAUGUUGGCCAAUAUGGUAUAUGCAUACAAGGGCAUGGGUUUGUCGAUGGGAACAAUGGUCACAGGAUGGGAUAAAUCAGGUCCCAACCUUUUCUAUGUGGACUCGGACGGUCAGCGAUUGAAGGGCGAGAGAUUCUCUGUAGGCUCUGGUUCGACAUUUGCUUACGGUGUGCUGGACAGCGGUUAUGACUUUGACUUGAGUGUGGCCGACGCAUUAGAACUUGGCAAACGAUCUAUCUAUCAUGCAACACAUCGUGAUGCCAUGUCCGGUGGUUCCGUCAAUUUAUAUCACGUCACUGAAGGCGGUUGGGAAUUUCACGGCAAUCACGAUGUCGGUGCACUGCACUGGGAAUAUCAAGAUGAAAUUGCAAAGAGUGCGCAAUAACUGUUUACAUAAAAUAACAUGGAAUGAUCAAAUA